GAGCUCCAGAGAAUCGGAGACGUGGAAGUCCCUCAGUCAUGGCUGCCCCCAAAACCUCCGCGACGGGUGGCACGUCUUCGACGGGCGGCGGCGGCGGCGGCACCAAUUUGCUUUUCUCCUCCUCAGCCACCGAAUUCAAUUUCACCGUCCCCUUCAUCCCCGUCAGCCAAACCCCGCCUGUGGCCGGUUCGGGACCUGGUCUCCUUCCCUCAGAUGAUAACACAGAUGUUGGUGAAGAAGACAGCUUCCUAGGCCAGACAUCCACAAAUAUAAACCCUCCAUCUACAUUCAAUUAUUUCUCCCAAAUUCCUAGCAGCAGUGAUCCCUUUGGAAGCAUUGAACAACCACCCUUAGGCGUGGCAAUCUCAACCCAAGCUGGAACAUCUGUUUUCUCUAAACCUCCAGUUUCUUUUCCUCUUCUGCCUUCAUCACAAGAUGGGCCAAAUAUAUUUUCAGCUUCUGUUUCCAAAUCACAGUGUUUUAAUACUCCCUCUACUUCAGGACAAGGAAUUGGAACUUAUCAAACAUCUCAGCAAAGUGGUCCUCCACCAUCAGUCUUUUCAACACCACCACAGGGAGCAUCACAACAAGGUUAUAACCCUUAUCGUCACACUACCUUAAGUAGUAGAGCCAAUCCUUACAUCACUCCACCACAGCUGCAACAGACACAAGCACCUGUCGAGGGUCUGCAGCCUUCACCUUCUGUACCACCUAUGCAGAAGUAUCCAACUCCUGCAGGACCAAUGCCGCUGUCAGCCCUAUCACCUCAGACAUCAAUGUCAGCAGGUCCACUUGUGAAGGCACCACCUGUCUUAUUACAAAACCAGUAUGAACCAGUUCAGCCACAUUGGUUUUACUGUAAGGAAGUGGAAAACAAGGAGCUAUGGAUGCCAUUCAGUGAUCUAGAUUCUACAGCUCUGGAGAAGGUUUAUAAUUCUGUGCAACCUGAUCCAGAGAGUGUAAUUUUGAGUACUGAUGGAGGACGUUAUGAUGUUUAUUUAUAUGACCGUGUGAGGAAAGCUGUAUAUUGGGAAGAACAACAAUCUGAUGUAAGACGAUGUACUUGGUUUUAUAAGGGAGAUAAGGACAGCAGAUUUAUUCCUUAUACUGAGGAUUUCAGUGAAAAACUAGAGGCUGAAUAUAAGAAAGCUGUUACCACAAAUCAGUGGCAUCGGCGAUUAGAAUUUCCAGGUGGAGAAACUUUCGUUAUGCAUAAUCCUAAGGUUAUAGUUCAGUUUCAGCCUUCUUCAAUACCAGAUGAAUGGGGCACCACGCAAGACGAUCAGACGAGACCAAGAGUAGUUAAACGUGGAAUUGAUGAUGAUCAUGAGGAUAUUCCAGAUGGUGAAGUGUCUCAAAUUGAUCAUUUGGUAUUUAUGGUCCAUGGAAUUGGCCCAGUCUGUGAUCUGCGCUUCAGAAGCAUUGUUGAAUGUGUUGAUGACUUUCGGACAGUAUCCCUGAAAUUGCUGCAAACACAUUUUAGGAAAUCGAUAGAAGAACAUAAAGUGAGUAGAGUCGAAUUCCUGCCAGUUCAUUGGCACAGUGCUUUGCAUGGAGAUGCAACAGGGGUGGAUAGGAAUAUUAAAAAGAUAACAUUGCCAACUAUUGGACGCCUCCGCCACUUCACCAAUGAAACUCUACUUGAUAUCCUGUUUUACAAUAGUCCCACUUACUGCCAAACGGUUGUGGAUAAAGUAACAGUAGAGAUAAACCAUCUUUAUGCACUGUUCAUGAGCAGAAACCCUGAUUUUAAAGGAGGAAUCUCUGUUGCUGGUCACAGUUUAGGGUCCUUGGUUCUAUUUGACAUACUGUCCAAUCAAAAGGAUUGGACAUCUGCAGUUAAUUCUACUACUGUUGCUUCCAAUGGUGCUGUGAAAGAAGUGACAGAUGACCAGCAGGGGUCAUUGAAUUCUAAUUCUGCUGGUGCUCUGCUUUCUCAUUUAAAUGAUGAGCAUGGGGAUCAUGAUGAUGAGGAUGAUAUUCCAACCUUGCAAAGAACUUUGGAAAUGCUUAGUUUGUCAGAAUAUAUCAGUACUUUUGAAAAGGAGAAGAUUGACAUGGAAUCUCUGUUGUUGUGUACAGUUGAUGACCUGAAAGAAAUGAGAAUACCUCUUGGGCCUCGGAAGAAGAUAGCAAACUUUGUAAAAGACAAAGCAGCCAAACAGGAACAAAAGAAGGCAUUGCUAGAGCAAAAGGCUGCAAUGGAAGAACAAGUUGCUCAGACAGUUAAGUUUUCUUCGGCUACUGCAUCUUCGGAACCUACCAUUCCUCAGGAAGCAUCCAAACGAACACGCCCAUUUGGAGCAUCCGUUUCAUCUGCACACAUAGACUAUGAAUUUUUUGAAAUGGGAACAGGCCAGGUGUCUGUGGUAUACAACACACUUGAUUUUGAACCAGAUAUUUUCUUUGCUUUGGGUUCUCCAAUUGGUGUAUUCCUCACUGUUAGAGGAGUGGAAAAAAUAGAUGAGAGCUACAGGCUGCCAACCUGCAAGGGAUUUUUUAACAUAUAUCAUCCGCUUGAUCCAGUAGCAUACAGGCUAGAACCUAUGAUUAUUUCUGAUUUUGAUGUGAAACCAGUCCUCAUUCCACACCACAAAGGCAGGAAAAGACUCCAUCUUGAAUUGAAAGAUUCUCUCUCUCGAAUGGGAUCAGACUUGAAACAAGGCUUUCUCAGCUCUUUGAAAAGUGCUUGGCAAACCCUUAAUGAAUUUGCACGUGCCCAUACCUCUUCUUCUCAACUCCAAGCAGAAUUGGAGAAAGUGGCCCACCAGAUUAAAGCAGAAGAGGAAAAAGACGAGGCAGAAGCAGAAAAGAUAGUGGAAAGUCCAGAACUUUCAAAGGAUGAAGACUUGAGUAUAAAAAUUGGUUCGCUAAAUGGAGGCCGUCGUAUUGAUUAUGUUCUUCAAGAAAAACCUAUAGAAAGUUUUAAUGAGUAUCUUUUUGCUCUACAGAGUCACUUGUGCUACUGGGAAUCAGAAGAUACCUCUCUACUUCUUCUAAAAGAAAUCUAUAGAACUAUGAAUGUUUAUCCUGAACAACCACAACAUUGAUAUCAGAACACCUGUAAUACAAAAUGUCAAUUUUCAUCUUUGUUUUGGCUUGCUAAUAGCCUUUGAAGAAAAAGACACCAAUUCCCUAUCCAUAGAUGACAGAAGUUAUUUCAGUCUGCAACACACCGUUUCUAAGCCACUUUUUUGUGUCAUUUAGAAAAAAAAACAUUCUGUGUAGAAUUUUUUUUUUUUAAAGAGUGUAUAUACUGUUUCCAUAGCCUUGAAUCACUUGUGGAAUUUUUGCCAAAUUUGAGUCAUCUUUUUUAAAAAAGAUGCACGCAAAUUAAUAAUUUCUAAUCUGUCUGGUUCUUAAGUUUAUCAGGCCUAUGUUUUUGAUCAGGAUUCUAUUUUUUAAAAUAAUAUCUUCAUGGUAAAUAGCAAUAAUACUUUUAUUUAAUAAAUCCAUCUGAUUUCUUUAAAAAUGUAAACUUAACAUCAAAUUUAUUUAAUAUACUUUUACAUCAGCCAUUAUAUUUGCAAAAUAAAUAAUUGGAAUCAAUUUCAUACAACAGCAGACUUACUAUUACAUUUUUAUAAAAAACUUCUGAGCCUCUGAAAGAGAUGCGUUUUUAUUUUCGUGACAUGAACCUUUACUCUAAGUUAUAUAGAAAAUUGUUGUAAACUCAACAUUUAUACUUCUUGUUUAUUUAUCUGCUUAUUGAAUAGAGAACAUUGAUACGAACAUGCUAGGAUACAUGACUUUAUAUGUUAUUUGAGGACUAGACAUAGAAAAAUAUCUGCAUUAAUGGCCCUGGGAGCGGAGAGUGCUUUAAUGAUCAAAUUUAGUUAGUCCUUUGACAUUGCAUAGUUUUCAUAGCAAAAUAUCUGAGAGUUUCAUAAAUAGAUUCAACACUGGAUUUCUGAAGCUUAUUUUCUUUUGUCACUUUUGAUUCCCCCCCCCAAGCAUGCUAAGUGAUGUUUCAUUAAAGUGAUAUUGUAAUGAUAUUGCUAUGGGUUAAUUUAGAUAUUUUGUUUCCAAAAAUAUUAUUUUGCUGGGUGCAAGGGGUGGUAAUAUUUAUCCUGAAGCAAACAUUAUAUUGGUUCCUGAAGGACCAAUAGAGAUGAGAUUUGUAACUUCUGCCUGUUGUAUGGUCUAUGCAAUUAAAAAUGUAUAUUUUUAAAUCAACAGAAGUAAAUUCAUUGCAGUAUAUUAUCACAUAGCUAUUUUAUCUUUAAGAACUGUGAUAUUAAUGGCCUUUUGGGAAGGUUUUAUGGUUCUUUUGGUGAUUCUGAUACUAUUUUCCGAAAGCAAGAUUUUUUUUCUUAUUCUAAGCAUUUGCUAUGCUCUUUGUCAUAAUGAAAUUUAACAUGUUUUCUUGUUAAACCUGAGUAAAUUCCAGCAUAGAAAUAGUGAAUGAAGCAGCUUUCUUGUCAUUGAAUAACUGGAGAACUUCUUCAGUAUUAUCCAGAUUAAACUUAUCUCUGAACCAAUGUUUCUCAACCUUAGCAGCUUUGAGGCGUGUGGAUUUCAUCUCCCAGCAUGCUGGCUGGGGAAUUCUGGGGAUUGGAGUCCACUUAAAUUGGUGAGGUUGAGAAACACGGCUCUAAACAGGUUUCAAAAUUAUAAAUUUGGUAUCCAGAUUACAUUCCCAGUCAUUUGGUCACAUAUAAAGGAAAGAAAGACAUGCAAUGGUUUUCAAGAAUCAGCAACAGUAUUGUGUAUAUAGGAUAUGUUGAAGUGAAAAUGUAAAGUGAGGAAAAAUAAAUGUAAUGAUUUCUACUAUGAAAAAUGCAUAAGUAUUUAUUAUCAAGUUUAAUUUAAAUAAGCUCAUUUUGUUUUUGAUUGAACAUUGUUUAUUGCCAUGGAAAUAAAUAGUGCAAACCUGAUAACCUGUUUUUGGAUGUUUGCAUAGACUAAAGAAUUUAAGUUUGGUUUUGAAUAUUUUAAAUUCAUCAAAACAUUUCAAUUUCUGCAAGUAUGCCAUAUGCCUUAUUCAUUUCAAUAUAUGGAUAAAUAGUUUGUUACAGAUUAUACAUUUAGUUUGGGGAUGGAGAUGGAGAUAUCUAAAGUAUAAACUUAAUAUUGUUAUACUUCACGUUAAUUAACCUACUUGCAGUGCACAUUAUCUGUUACUGCUAUCCUUGCUUAUAUAUUUUAUUUAAUAAUUGGGUUUUAAUCUGUGGCAGAACUUUCAAUAAUUUAUGAACAACAAGCAUAUAAAGUAAGACUACCGUUUUCAAAAUUAGAAGCCAACGGUAAGUUUAUAACUUACCACCAGCCAAACAUCUCUGCUGCAUUUCACCAAUCAGAGAAAAAUGUGGAAGUAACAGCUGUAAGCAUUUUCUUUCCUCAGCUUGUUAAGAUUGACAUCAGUGCUGUGCCUAUUGGUUUAUACUGUUUUAUAUGUUUUCUUGCAGAAAAGAGGAAUAGAUACAGAAAAAAAAAAUAGAAUCAGGAAUGGUCAAACCAGCAUCAGCACUUAAGUGGUUGCCAGCCUGUUAUUAGUACUGUAGCCAUAGGCUAUCAGCUGGGAUCUUAUUUGCUUGCAGUAGCAAUGGAUUCUUAUUUUCCACAAAUCCUUGUAGCACCUUUAUACUUGGACCAUUUUUGGAAAUUACUAUAGUUGCUGCUGUGGUUAGAUAAGCCUGAAGCUAAAUUAUCCUCUGAUUGGGCUCUCAGAGCUGGAAGCAGACCUGUCAUUUUCUCAAAUGUAUCUGCAAUGAUGUUUUAUUUUUGUUUUCUGUUGAACUAUGUACAGCUUUACUUUUGUGGAGUUUGUUAACCAUACUGUCAACAAACUUCAAUCCUUCAUAUUCUGUUUUGUAAUUAUCUUUCUAGUUAAUGUAAAUAAAAGACAUAAUGAAACCAUAA